CAUAACAGUAAACACUGUGAUGCGAUUGUGCGAUUGAGCCAGUGACGCAGUGCAAAUAAAGAGCUGUUAUCGCGAAGUCUUUUGAGUCAAAAAUCUCGAUAACGAUUGAAGCUUUUCAAUAGUUUUUUUUUCUCGAUUUGUUCGAGAAAACCAUUCUUUUCUGGACAGGAACAUUUUGAGUUUACCGUCAGCGAAGUUGAGGGGAAAAUGAAAUAGGUAGUACCUCUCCCCUUUCGAAUCUUUACUCUCUGAAAACUGACAGUUUCGUCUAGAUUCUCUGGAAGUUGAAGACAAAUUAUUUUACGUCUGACUGUAAAGAGGUUAUCUGCUGGUUGAGGAACAAUCACCGUGAUCAUCAGAGUUUCUUUCAAGUUUUUUUUCUCCGUUUGAUCUUCAUCAUGUUUUUCUACCGCAUCUCAUGGAAGAUUGCAGCUAGCUGAUAUUUGUUCAUUCAGUUUUAAACUCUAUAGUCCAGAAGAAAUGCACAACUUCAAGGACCGACGCUACUUGUGGAAACAGCAGCUCGUGCACAGGCUGCAUUUAAAGAAGACUCAGUUCUUGUCUAUUUUACCCGACGACUCCUUCGCCAAUUUAACCAGAACGAUGAGGAACCAAAUGAUUUUGAGAACUACAGGGGAGAUGAUUCUCCCUGGAAAAAAUAGACACAGUAAUAAACAUUUCUGUAUAGCAAGCAGUUGUUAGAUUAGACAAAAAAGAACUGCUUGCUUUGCUUCGGUGUGGAGUGUAAAAAAAAGAAGGAACUUUUUUUGAGUGAGGUGCAAGAUUCUGUGUUUUGAAUGAACCUUUGGAUAUGCAAUUUUAAGAAUGAGUUUGAACUUUGUGGGGAAACUUGGAGGAGGGGGUAUCCAGCAAGUGGACAAUGGGCAGAAGGUGUUAAUUCUUGGUGCAGGCGCGGCGGGGUUGGCUGCGGCGAGCACUUUUUUGAGCCAGGGUAUUGAUCAGUUUUUGGUCAUUGAAGGAGCUGACCACAUCGGCGGGCGGGUACAAGAUGUUGAAUUUGGUGGAAUUCAAGUCGAGAGGGGCGCCAACUGGCUCCAGCCCGAGGAAGGUCUCAUUGAGAGGAUAGCUGAAAGAGCCGGUCUAGCAAGUCACAGGUUGUCGUACGGCGAAUCGUGGGAUGCGAGAAGUAGCGAUAAAGAGGUGUUCCCUGAGUGGGAGGUAGAGAAAGUGUUGUAUGAGUUUAGCAACUUCAUGGAGCAGGCGGUCGACUUUGCCGUGAAGUGCCCAGAUGGCGACAUGACCAUGAGAGAUUUCCUGGUGGAUAAGAAGUGGUCAGUCAGGUCAGAUAUUAUCCAUAAGGCCAUCGAGUGGUACCAGUUUGAUUUUGAGUACUCCAUUCCACCGGAGCAAACCUCAAUUUCAAGCAGUAACUGGGAGCGCUGCAGCGAAAACAGCAAGUUUGUCAUAGAUCAGCGGGGUUUCAAAGCGAUUUUCGCCGACGUGGUCACCCACCUGGCUCAAAAAAAUGCUCUCAGGCUAAAUAAGCGGGUCAUCUCAAUUGACCAGUCACAGAAAGACAAAGUCUAUGUGACAUGCGAUGAUGGCUCUGUCUUUUGCGCAGACGCCGUACUGCUCACUUUUAAUUUAGGCGUGCUGCAAAGCCGUCUGGUGGCGUUUAACCCACCCUUACCAAAAUGGAAAACGGCAGCCAUCGACCAUACCCCAGUCGGCGCCUUCACCAAGAUUUUCCUCAAGUUUCCCCACAAGUUCUGGGACGACAAGGAGUGGAUCAUGCACAUGAGUGACCAGCGAGGCUACUAUCCGACCUUCAUGAAUAUGGAGAUGAGUGGCCUUUUCCCUCAAGGUACCAACAUCCUCGUGGGGUUCGUCGUCGGCGACGAAGCUCGUCGAGUUGAGAACCAACCGAUCGAGGAAACUCUCCAAGAAGUCGUCUCUGUUUUGAAGGAUUUAUACGGGGAGCAGGCAGUACCCCAACCCACCGACAUUAUGCUGUCUGGGUGGCUGAAUGACCCUCUUCAGAUGGGCGCCUUCUCGGUUCCGCACACCUCAAAGAGGGUCAUUCACCAGCUACAGACUAGCGUCGGGAGGGUCUACUUUGGAGGGGAGGCUACAGAUGAGAAAUUUGCAGGGUACGUGAUCGGGGGAAUGAGGAGCGGACAGAGAGAGGCGAAGAGAAUUACACGGCAAGUGUUUGGGCGUAAGAUCAAGAGGGAAGGAUUUAGCGGUUAAUCAUGCUUUGAAUCCAGUAUUGAUUUCAUACAGCUACUAAGAACACACCUUUUAGACAAUAAUAGUAAUAUGGACUUGUAUUUGCGGAAAAUUGAUCCAGUCGCAUACAAAAAACAACAAGGGUGGCACAAAAAAUAAUUAGUACAGAACAAACUUAUCAACAAGUGAAGAGAAAAGCUUGCGAAACAGUGCAUCUUGUAUAGCAGACUUUGUCUUUGUUUAAAGAAAGGCAAGUUGUGUUUAGGCAAGUUCAUUUACUUUGAUAAGAUUACAAAAUAAAUAUAAGGUUUGCGGUAACACCGUCUAAAAAAAAAUAUAUCUAAAAAUAAUCUUUAAUUGAAUUGCCAGUGAUAAAACGGUAUAUAUUGGGAAAAAAAAAAAAAAAAAAAAAAAGAAAUUGGUGAUGGGUUGGGAAAGUAGCACCAGAGUUGUGUAUUUAGAGAGUUGCGAUAACUUGCAAUUAAAAGCCAGACGAGGCUGUGCGUUGUGCUUCAUGUGGACUGAAAAUGGGGUCCUGCAAGCAACCCCGCGUCCGACUAAAAAAACUAGUCCCUCCGUUAUGCAACUUUUGUCAAUACACAGCUCUUAGGUGUACCACAUUGAUAUUUGUAUGAAAAUGUGUCCACCAAAAUUUAUAUACAUGUAAUGGUCAAAAAAAAAAAAAAAAAAAAAAAAA